AUGACUCAAUGUCCUGUUGUUUACCCGUUAAAUCCGCCCGAUGUUUCUUCGGACCCACAAGUCAUCCCCGAUUUCAACCCCGCGUGGAGCGCUGCGUGGUCAAAGGCGAGAGACCUGAUAAGCGGACUCAGUAUCGAGGAAAAGGUCAAUUUUUCGACUGGUGUGGAAUGGCAAGGCGGACGUUGUGUUGGGAAUACUCCUCCUGUUCCACUUGACGGAUCGGGGACAUGGCAAGGUCUUUGCCUGGAGGAUUCUCCUCUCGGAGUACGCGACACGGAUUUCGCGACGGUAUUCCCUGCUGGAAUUAAUGCCGCGACGACGUGGCAACGUAGUCUUAUCAGAAAACGAGGUAUAGCCAUGGGCCAGGAGCACAAAGGGAAAGGUGUUAAUAUCGCACUCGGACCAAUGAUGAACCUUGGAAGGGUUGCACAGGGUGGCAGAAACUGGGAAGGAUUCGGUGCUGAUCCUUUCCUUGCCGGCGAAGCUGCGUAUGAGACUAUUCUUGGAAUGCAGAGCUCCGGAGUUCAGGCUUGUGCAAAACAUUAUGUCAACAAUGAGCAAGAACAUAAGCGUGGCGUGGAGAGCUCAAAUGUUGAUGACCGGACUCAACAUGAAAUAUAUACCCAUCCGUUCUUGAGGAGCGUCAUGGCUGGUGUUGCAAGCGUGAUGUGCCCAUACAACCAAAUCAAUGAGACUCAUGCGUGCGAGAAUGAUCGGACGCUGAACCAGAUUUUGAAGGGCGAAAUCGGAUUCCGCGGUUUCAUCAUGUCAGAUUGGUUGGCGCAGCACUCCACUCUUAGCGCAAUCUUUGGCUUGGAUAUGACAAUGCCCGGUGACAUUACUUUCAACUCGGGCACAUCAUGGUGGGGUCAAAAUCUCACCGACUUUGUGAGGAACGGGUCUAUUGCCGAGGCACGUCUGGAUGACAUGGCGACGCGCAUUGCUGCUGCGUGGUACUUCCUUCAUCAGGACGAAAAUUAUCCUGCUGUCAACUUCAAUGCCUUCAACCCUGUUGACCCAGCAACGAAUGAAAAUGUGGACGUCCAGGAUGACCAUGAUAAGCUCGUCCGGGAGAUUGGAGCCGCUUCGACUGUGUUGCUAAAGAACAAGAACGGGACACUUCCGCUCAACAAGCCGAGGAGGAUAACACUUUUCGGUACCGAUGCCGGCCCACAGAUUGGAGGACCCAAUCAAUUCUCUGAUAAUGGAGGGAACGAUGGUAUCCUCGCUAUGGGAUGGGGUUCGGGAACGGCUAACGAAAUCGGACGGGCGGACGGACGACGGAGGGAAAGGAGGAAGGAGGAAGUUGCCCUUCGUAGCACAGCCAGUCGGAUGCUGCUGACCUCUUUCUAUCGGAAAAAGAGCGUGAAAUAG